AUGGCGGCGGCUCCAUCCAGAGAUGACCGCCGAACCAUCCUCCACUUGGAUUAUGACUGUUUCUACGCCUCUGUCUUCGAGGUGGAACAGCCCGUGCUGAAAACGCUGCCGUUGGCGGUUCAACAGAAACAGAUCGUAGUGACCUGUAAUUAUGAAGCCCGCCGGAGGGGGCUGCGCAAACUCCAGUUGAUCAGAGAGGCCAAGCAGAUCUGUCCGGACGUCGUCAUCGUCUUGGGGGAAGACCUGUCCAAGUUUCGCGAUGCCUCGAAAGAAAUUUUUCUCUACAUCAAAUCAUUCGUUUGGGGGGAGAGGGUCGAACGGUUGGGCUUUGACGAGUUGUUCCUGGAUGUCACCGAGAUGAUCGCCUACAACGUUGAUCUGCUGAACCGCCAUGAUCUGGAACGUUCAUUCUUUCACCUUGACCGCCUGGAACCCACUGUGGGUUUCACAUAUGAUGCCACCCGAGUGUGCGGCUCCACCUACCCUGCUGGUCCGAAUACGACUGCGCCCUCGGCGACAGCUGACGAAGACGCAUCCGGCCUUCGCACCCGAUUGCUGGUGGCCUCGCAUUUGGCAGGCUAUCUUCGCGGUCAACUGGAGCAUCACAAAGGUUACACUGCCACGGUGGGGAUUUCGACGUCCAAGCUUCUUGCCAAGCUGGUAGGCAGCACUCAUAAACCCAACAACCAGACCACGCUGCUUCCCCCGUAUGUAACCACGGAGCCGGCUGCGCCCGGUAAUGUGGCUGAUUUUGUCGACGCGCACGAGAUCAGGAAGAUCCCUGGAAUCGGCUCCAAGCUGACCCGGAAACUCACGAACUGUCUGACUGAUGGAGGCGCUCAAUCCGGCUCAGCCUUGGCCUCAGACGUGGCCACGAACCCCGACAGGGUUACCGUUAGGGACGUGCGGUUGUUGCCUGGCAUGGGCCCGUCCCUCCUCGAUCGGAUCUUAGGGGGCUCAGGGGCUCCCCGGGAUAUCGGUGCGCGGGUAUGGGGACUCCUCAGUGGCGUAGACAAUGCCGAGGUCAUCCAAACUGGAGACUUGCCCACGCAGAUCAGCAUUGAAGAUUCCUACGGUCGCCUUGACACCCUGGACGGCGUGCGUAAAGAGCUGAUUCUUUUAACAGGGAGCCUUCUCCGUCGGAUGCGGACAGAUCUGACGGAAAAGGACAACGAUGCUGACAGUCCAACGGACCCAUCUUCGGAGACCUCGAGUCUCUCAGGGGUGCCUAAAGUCCGAUGGCUCGCUCGGCCUCGGACCCUACGGUUGUCCACACGUCCUCGGUCAACCAUAGAAGGAACCCAAGCUCUUCAUAUAGGUAGGAUCUCGCGCUCGGCCCCAUUGCCUGGCUAUGCGUUCCAUGUUGAUGAGAACGUGGACGCGCUGGCAGAGCGACUGGUGCACGACCAGCUCCUCUCCAUGUUCCGCAAGCUUCAUCCAGAGAGGUCCGAGUGGAACCUGCGCCUGAUGAAUGUCGCGGUAACUAACAUGGUCGAUGCGGCUGGGGAUCGGAAGCAGAGCAGCGGGCGCGACAUUGGCAAGAUGUUCCAGAGUCAAGGAUUGCGGCGCAUUGCAGAGCCGGAGACUGUUUCCGAGCGUGGCAGUAUGAAUCUACACCACGCGGAAACCUUGCGCCCUGCAUGUUCCCCAGCCGCUCCUUGGAGUCAAGUGGAGAAUGAUGCCUGGGAGGAGAGCGACGGGGAAGACCGUACGAUGGCUUGUGUAGCCUGUGCUGUGUGUGGCGCAUUGAUCCCGCAUUUUGCCCGAGAAGCGCACGAAAUGUUCCAUAUGGCUCCUGACUAA